AAUGUUACAUCAGCAUCUCAGAAGCAUGAAAUCAGAUACCUGUACUAAGAAAAAAACCAUUGCAACAUACUCAAAGAAUCAUCCAAUCCAAUUGCCUAAGAAGGAGCACUUUCUUACACCUGAUACCCCUGAAAUAGACUGGUUACCAUCCUGCAAGGAGAUGAGCUUAAAAGAAGACAUGAGCAAGAAAGGUUCCAAAACACUCACCCGACCUGCAACCAGACGAGGGUCUACUCUGGCACUCCGAAACAUAAGCAACAUACCACUUGAAAAAAAUCUAAGCCAAACACCAUGUGAACCACAAUCAAGACAAUCCAACAGAAGGCUGCUCCUUAGGGGCUUUUCAGCUGCCAAAGUAAGCUCCAUGGGUAAUAAAGACUGCAAGAUAUACAAAGCAGAAUUAGAGAAACCCAAGGAUGUCAAGAAAACGAAGAAAUCAAAGGUUUUAGCCUCCACAACUACAUAUUCUUCAAGGUCAAUGUCUUGUUGUACAGCUUGUGGGGGUCUUUCUUGUAGAAGUGGGCAUUCUGUUGGUGCCAAACAAGCAACUCUCAAGUCCAUGACAAUAUGCCACUCUUUAGAUGACUUGGACUUGAGUUUUGCAGAGUCAGAAGUGUUGCAACCUCAAAAUUCAACCCUCAGAGAAGAUGCCUUAAGUUUAGAACUGAAAGACAUUUUCCCUCAAGACCUUUCAGCCAUAUUGGAGGAGCCCGUGGACAACAAAGAGAUUGAAUCUCCUAAAAGGGCUAAGACAGACAAAGAAAACUGCAAGCAGAAAAACAAGCAAAAGACUGUAAAUUCAGAACUCUGUACACAUGAAGCAAGUGACCCCAACUUAACCCCACAGAUUGGCUCCAAAACAGACUGUACAACUGAUGUUAAAUUGACUAAACCCAAACAGAAGCGGAAACUGGCGUAUUCCAUAAACACAGAAAAACCACCAGACUGCAUUCUUCUAGAUGUGAUGGUAAACAAAAAGAAACCUGUGAAAGUCCUUUUUAUGCAAGAAAACAAUUGGUUACACAUCAACCCUUCAAGUUUUCCAGUUGAUACUUUGUUGUAGCGUGAUCUCCACAAUAGACAUGACAGACAAAAAAUUUACAAAUUGCUCAAAAUUUAUACAUUUAAUACAUUUUUAUACAUAAUCAAGAGUUAAAUGAGCUUAUGAAAGUGACCUUGAACUUGAGAUAUUUUCCAAAUAAAAGUGAAUUGAAAUGAAAAAAAUAAUUGUAGAUUCUUAAUUUUUGUGCAGCAUCAGAAAAAUGCUAUCAACCUUCAACUCCCAAGAUCAAAUUAGUAACUGUCCAUUCUAACUGUCAUUCAAUCCCUUGCUUAAAAGACCAAGGAAUUUCAUAACAGAAUGAGACACUGUCCUUUACCCUAUAACCUUAUUUGUUCUUAUUCCCUGUCUGAAGGAUUAGUGUAAUGAAAAUCCAAGGGGAAGUUACAUAUUAAUCAUGUCAAGGAGUU